GGAAAUAUUGAAUGUUUAUUCAUAUGUUUAUAUAUUAUGAUUACAUAAUAUAGUUAAUAGUGUUUAAUACACACGUACGUUCAUUAAAUAUACAUUGACAACAUGCUAAACCUAUGGUGAAUUUACUCAAAAUACAUGUAUUUAAUUACUUAUUUAUGAAAACAUAAACCAAUUUUGUUGUGAAAUAAAAACAUUUGUGAAAUACAAAAACAAAUGAGUGACGAAAAAGAUGAGAGCAAUGAAUGCGCGAAUCGUUUGAUGGAUGAGACGGGAAACGAGACGCGGAGGAAGUCCUACGGAACCGAUGACAAAGACAUCGACGCCGGCGCUGCCGGCCAUACAUCCAGUGGCGCCGAUCCCGAAGGGGUACCGCAAUUGGAUGGCCCGCACAGGCCAUCGAUCGCCACCAGAAUCAGACAUUUCAACGCACCUGAAGAUCACAUCUCAUUCAUAGACAGAUUAAUGUCACUUAUUUUUGAUUCAAGCGCCGUUUACAUCAACGACUGUCCCCUUUCGCCGGCAAUUCCGGCCGUACUUAUAGUGAACGGAGCGAUGAAUGUCUUGAUUUGUGUCGCAGAAAGACUCGAUGAAAAUGAUGAUAAAAUAAGACCACAAUCGGGACCAAAGACUCAGAUCAAGAAGUGUUACGACAAGAAAUACAUUCUCAUAUUAUUUAAUUGGUGCGAUUGUCUCUUUUAUAAUGGGCUGCAUCUAUGUAGACGACUGUCCAAAUUCACCCCGUAUUUCAACAGUGCUUAUAAUAUACGGUAUAAUAGUUGUGAUGGCAUUCAUUUGGGAAAGAAUUAGGACCAGAAUUAGCCAAAAGUCUGCCACUAUUAAGAAAGUAGUAUUCAUUACAACCAAUGCCUUAUACCUAAUGAAUUUUGGUAUUUUUAUUGCCUGGAUUGUUGUGGUGUAUAGCAGUCGGACACCUGAUUUUGACGACACCGGCGCCGAUAACUAUUGCAAUCGGAAUUUGUAUUUUUUUGCACUUUAUUUGAUAUCAAUUUAUUUAAUUAGUUUACUAUUGAUUUGUUUCUGUUUCUGUGGGGUAUUAUUGUUAGGGUUGUAUAAUAUGUAUAAUCAACACAAAUAGCCGCCCAAUUACUUAGUAUUUUUACAUUCAUCAAUCAUUUCCGGC